UGGUGGCGGAGCGGAGGGACCCGCACCGAGACCCCGAUCCCGAUCCCCGCGGCGGCCCCGCCGUGGGACGCACGGCAGGGAUGCCUGGCUGGGAGGUAGGCGACUGAACAGCAGGCAUGGAGGGCACAGGACCCUAUCAUAUCUAUGACCCCGGUGGGGGCUCAGAGGAGAAUGGAUCCACGGCCUUGGAGCGGCUGGUGGAGGAGAACGCCCGGCUGAAGGAGAAGAUGCAAGGGAUCAAGUCUAUCGGAGAGCUUCUGGAGGAGUCCCAGGUCGAGGCAUCCAAGCUGCGGCAGAAGGCAGAGGACCUUGUGAAAGACAACAAAAUGCUGAUUGGAUCGUCUUCCUUGGAGAACUUGGUGGAAACUGGAGCCGUCGGCCCUGAUCCCAGCUUUGCACGGGCAGCCCCAGGCAGCGCCCAGCCGGACCUGGAAGCACGGAAAUCACCUCCCAGUGACUUGGAGCAGCCCCCGAACGAGGAUGCCAACCUGCUGCCGCAGCUGCAGCAGCUGGAGAACACGCUGAGUGGCUGUGCCAAGGAGGCCAGCAAGGACCAGGUCUUUGUGCGCAUGGGCUACAUGGCCUCCGAGCUCAAGCGCUUGGCCUCCAAGGUGCACAAGAACGAGCAGAGAACGUCCUUCCUGCAGACGCUGUGUGAGACGCUGCACAAUGAGAACAAGGAGCUGCGCACCAAGCUGGAGCAUGACCUGGAGCAGAGAAACCAGGCUCUGGAGAAGCUCAGGUGUGAGAACCAGGAGCUCCGGAGGAUGGUGACACUGAGCAGCCAGGACAGUGGGAAGAGAGAAGCUGCCGAGCAGCAGCAGCAGAGCGGUGCCAUGGUGGAGAAGGCGCCGGGCAGAGAAGAGCUGGAGGCCAAGGAAAAGAAGGUGAAGAUCCUGGAGCACCAGCGCAGGGAGCUGCUGGAGGUGAACAAACAAUGGGAUCAGCAUUUCCGCUCCAUGAAGCAGAAGUAUGAGCAGAAGGUCACGGACCUACACCAGGAGCUGGCUGAGGCCCGCAGGGCAGUGACCGAGCUGGAGUCAGAACGGGAGCAAAAGCAACGGGAUUUUGACCGCAAGCUGCUCCUGGCCAAGUCCCGGAUCGAAACAGAGGAGGCAGAGAAGGAGAGGCUGGCCAUGGAGGUGAGGGACCUGCAGCAGAGGAUGCGGUUCCUGCAGGAGCAGCUGGCUCCAGUCACCAGGCAGCGGGAAUACCAGGAAAAGGAGAUCCAGAGGCUGAACAAGGCACUAGAAGAGGCCUUGAACGUCCAAGCCUCUCCACCACCCAUCUUUGCCAUGGAGCCGGCAGGGAAGCUGCCACAGCAGGAGCUGCUGACCCAGAAUGAGCUACUCAAGCAGCAGGUGAAAAUUUUUGAGGAAGACUUCCAGCGGGAACGGAGUGACAGGGAGAGAAUGAAUGAGGAGAAGGAAGAGCUGAAGCAACAGCUAGAAAAGCUGCAGAAGCAGUUGGUCCUCUCCAACAACCAGCUGCGAGCCUCCAAAGACGACUGCCAGAGGGAGAAGGAGGAGAAGGAGAAGCUGAAGAAGCUGCUGAAACAGCACAAACAGGCUUCUGGAGAGAGGCUGCACCCCGAGCCAGGGCCAGGGCCGCUGGGCCCAGCCUGCCCCAUGUACCAGUACCAGUACAGCCCCCCCAUGGCUCACCCCAUGUACCACGGCUACGACGAGUGGCAGCAGAUCCGAUACCCCCCAGCCGUGCCGGGCGAGCACACGCAAGGACAGAACUUCCACCAUUUCCCCCCGCCCGAGUACCCCUGGCGCCCGCCCUGUGCCAUGGCUCACAGCCAGAACGCCCAACCAGUGGCCGGGCUGAAACCAGUCCCCAAGGACUUGGAACAGGCAGGUCCCGGAUUGCCCUAACACCAAGGACCGGCCACGCUCCAACACCAGUGGAAGAGGAGUAGGGGUGUGUGUGUGCCCGUGUGUGUGUGUCCAGGAGCUUCCUCCAGCUGCCAACACCUGUGUAUGGACAUGUGCUGUACGUGGGGGCCUCAGCAGCGCAUUCCUCCAAGGAAAUCAUGAAGGAGGGACUAAAGGUGCCGUCGUGGUGGCAGCCAGCAUGGGCUCAGUCCCCUGCGGCCAUCCCCUUCCCCACGAGGAGCCCGGCCUGGCGUCGCUUUCGACCCGAGCCAGGUCUUCAGGGAGGAGGAGCCAGUGUUUCCCAGGAGCUGCCCCAAUCCAGAGCCCCUGGAGGAGCGGGUAACAGCGGGGACUCUCCCGGUGGUGGGAGACCCCACACUCGCAGGCAAGUGCUGGCCGCAGCCAUGGCCCGGCCUGAGGGUGGUUGGUGUCUUUGUAUUUAUUUAAGGACUGAAGUGUGGCUGAGUCUCUCUGGUUUUGUCCUGAAAGCUGCUUCCUGUCAGCAGCCUCUGCGUGGGGAGGGGGAGAGGGAAGGAUACCAGGACCGUUGGUCUCCAUGUGCUCGGGUAUAGCCAUAGAGACAGACUGAAUGCAAGGGGACCCCAACCCUUGCUUGGGCACCCCAGGAUCUGUUGCCCCAAGUGUGUACCCCCCACCUCUGUCUGUUUGCUGAACUUGGCCCCUCACCCUCCUCUCUUGUGCCCCCCCACCUCUGCCAGGGCAGGGAAGCCCCUGCAGCCCCCUCUUCCUUUCCAUGCAGCAAUGGCCUUGGGGACAGUCUUUGACAUUGCACACAGCAAAUCUUGCUCCACAAAAUAGGUCUGGAGGGAAAAAGACCAACACAACCCAGUUUCUGUAAGCAUGGCUGUCACAGGUUAUGACAGCAGGAGGCACAGGACUUAGCUUGUCCCUGCUUCUGCCUCCAGCCCCUUUUGCCCACCUGUCCUCUUCAUUCACUCCCCAGCCUGUCCCCAAAUGCUGGGCUGUGAUGCCAAGUCCAUGUUUGCAGUUCCUGUGGAAAAAAUGGAGUUUCUCCUGUCAGGUGCUGCUACCUCCAGGCUGGCCACUGUGCCCCCCACUCUACCCCCCUUACCCCUGGCUCACAAGCGGGGCUGCACAUUUGCAAAGCUUUUAUUUGGUGUUUCUGUGGUGGGUGGGGAGGGGCCGGCCACCCCUGAGCAGGAGAGCAGCACGUCUGUGUGCCAGGACCACGGGCAGCCUGAAUGCACUGAAGAGCUGCUCCGUGCUCGGCACAAUCAGGCCAGGCCCGCCCCAGCCAGGGGCUUUCGGGCUGAGCCUUCAUGGAGAAGUGGUCUCCUGCUCCAGGGACAGCUGGCCCCUCCAUCCUCCCACUGCCUGCGAUGGUGGAGCAGAGGGGCAAGCUGGAGGCCAGGAGAUGUCACCACCAGGGGUGGAGGUGGGACACGGGGAUAUUGGAAUUAUCCCACUGCCAUCGCUGAGGUCUCUGCCACGAGCUCGCCCAGCCCAGCAUCCUGACUGGGGGGUGCCAGAGACAGGAGCAAUGGAGGGGACAGUGCGUGAUUCCUGCUGCUGGGGAACAUCUGGGGAGGGAA